ACUAGGGCUACUCUACUAGGCCGAUAACCUUGGCCCGGAGAUCCCGAAUCUCCGAGGUUAGAAUUUAAGCGAUCUACAGGCUCUUUUUUAGGAUGAGAAAAAGUCCGGUUCAUGGCUCCGCUUGAACUUUGCCCCUCCCGUAGACCUAGUUAGUCUGAUCUGUCGAAUUAAGUUCAAAUCGAUACGAGCCAUAUCCAAUGGCCCCAUGGGGUAGUUAGUACAUGAUCGCCAGAACAUGGGGACCCCGCUUGCGCGUUGGUAAUAUUGGGACAACGAAUUCCAAUUGCCAUGAAUAAUAUAAAACUGGCAACCCAGAGGAAUGCAAGUCCUCUGGCAGAUUAUCUGUGUUCGGUUCCUGAACGACACGAAAAGGUCAACACAAGCAUUUUGGAUACUGUUUUUGCCUUGCCCAAUCUCGCACCCAUGUCGGACACCGUGGGGCCUGCUGAUAGCAUUUACUUAUGUGGACCAAAGGUAUAUUUCUUAUCUCCAUUAUGGGGCUUCAUGCUCGUUCAAUUACAACACCCAAUAUACUCAUCGGAGUUUUGAUGUUUUCUGGAGUCUGUCAAUUUAUUGCUGGGGUCAUAGAAUUUCUCAGCGGCAAUACAUUUGGUGCUACCUUAUUCCCUUCAUAUGCCGCCUUUAAUUUCUCAUAUGCAAUGAUUUACCUACCAGGAACAGGGAUCAUGGCGGCAUAUACUGAUCCUAAAACAGGAGCGAUACGAGACGAGUUUGAUCAAGUUUUGGCUAUCUUUCUCCCGGCGUGGUUUAUAUUGACAGUGAUAUUAUCUAUUGGGGCAGUGCGCUCUUCCUGGGUCUUGUUUCUGGACUUAGUCUCCUUGAGCGUUUGUUUGUUGCUUCUUGCGUGCGGGAACAUGGUUGGCAGCUCUGCACUGCUAACAGCUCGGUACUCGUUUGGCUUGGUUGUCGCAUUUCUUACCUACUGGGCCGGAUCUGCCGGGCUCUGGGCGGGAAAUACCACGCCCAUCAAUAUCCCGACCUUUGAGAUGUAUAAGGGCGAUCAGGUGGUCUAAGUAUACAAGGUAGUCUGUGCUAUACGCCAUAUUGUGAUGUGGUGGGGAAUCGGUCUCUUUUUGCCUCUUGAGGACUAUUGCAAGAUAUCACCAUGACUGUAUUCAUUCAGGUAUCGUUGUGAGACACUGGUGCGCUUAUUUUCUUUUCUUUCCUUUU